GCGCGCGCCUUCAACCGUUUGGUCAGCCAUUUUGGAUCGCCUAAUAAUCACUGUUAUUUGCAGAGAUUUUCCGCCUUUGCUGGAGCCGGAUAGACACAUAGUAUGGCAGAAACAAAGGAAGACUUAGUGUCAAAAGCCAAACUUUCCGARCAGGCAGAAAGAUACGAUGACAUGGCUGCAGCCAUGAAGAAAGCGACAGAGCUCGACCCAAAACUCUCGACAGAGGAAAGAAACUUGCUUUCUGUGGCGUACAAGAACGUGGUUGGUGCCAGGCGAUCAUCAUGGAGGGUCAUUUCUAGUAUAGAACAAAAGAAUGAAAGCGGAACAAAAAARCAGUUGGCGAAAGAAUAUCGUGAGAAAAUUGAAAGGGAGCUGAAAGAUGUCUGCGAGGAUGUUUUGACUUUGUUGGAUAAUUACCUAAUUAAAGAAUCCAGCAAAGACAAAGAACAUCCUGAAUCUGAAGUCUUUUUCUUGAAAAUGAAAGGCGAUUAUUACAGAUAUCUAGCUGAAGUAGCUACAGAGGGAGAGCAAAAAGAGGCUGUUGAUAAGUCCCAGGGAGCUUAUAAAAGAGCUCAAGAAAUUUGUAAUGAUGUCCAUGCAUCCAAAAGUGAUAAGUUAGCACCAACUGAUCCAAUCCGUCUGGGUCUUGCACUCAACUAUUCAGUGUUUUAUUAUGAAAUCUUAGAUGACCAAGCAGAAGCUUGUAGACUGGCUAAACAGGCUUUUGAUGAUGCUUUAACUGAACUUGAUCAACUCACUGAAGAUGAAUAUAAGGAUAGCACACUUAUUCUACAGCUAUUAAGAGAUAAUUUAACACUCUGGACUGAACGAGAUGAAAACCAAGGAGAACAAUAGCUGUACUUAAGUUCAGUUUCAUAGUUUAUAAGCAAAUUGGAUUCUUUGUUUGCUUAAAACAAUUUAUUCUAAGUAUGUUCCAGUUAAUAGUACCAAAAUUAUUAGCCAGUGAAAAGAUGUGUGUACUAAAUAUAGGUUAACAUUUGAAUAUAAGUUUUAGAGAAAUUUUAAAAAUUAUGAAAUUUUAAUUUUGUUAAAUACCCUUUUUAUUGCAAAGUUAUUUUCAAGUUUUUUUUAUAUAUAAAGGUUGAAAAAGACUGCAACUUUAAAUAUUGUGGCAUACAAUAUUCUAAGAAUGUCAUCAAUAUGGCUUGUAGAACUGUUCACCCAACAUGAUUGUGAGCUAAUUGGAGCUGUAUUCAUGUCUAUGUUCAGUCUCAGUCUUGUGUAUAAAAAAUGGUAAUUUUUUACUCUGUUUUAUUAUAACAUUGUUUUUUUUGCCCCAUCUGCAUCUGCACAAUUGCAUUAUUUCACUGCCAUGACAAGAAUAUUUUGCGGUACCUUCUUUCUUGUUAAAUUAAGUAAAUAAACUACAAUUGUCUGGGCAAGAAAACUUGGAAAACUCAAUCAAAACUAUAAAUAAAUGAAUGUUUUACAUAGAUUCUUUAAUUAUCACACCAAACUACAAAAAUACAAUUCAUUUGAAAGUUUUGAAGAAUUUUCUUGAAGUUUUCUGUUGAAAUUAGUCACUUCUGAUUGGUCAGUGAACAAUAAACAUUCCUCAAAUAUUUCUUGUCAGUCACAGCUUUUCAAUUUGCACUGUAAUACUGAUUAUAUUACAAGGGAAGUUGGCAAAGUAUUCUGGUCUUGGUAGUAUGUGAAAUCACCAAUGAAAUUGGUUAAUUUGCUCUCCUGAGAACACAGCUAUGAUGUAUUAUUGCUUUAACUGCAUGUAAGACAACAUGUUUUGAUUGGUAUUGUUACUUGGAGCAUCAACAAGUUAGUWAAAAAGUAUAUAUCGUUAUUAUUGAAUAAAGGUAGUUGAUGUGCAAAUAAUUAUUAUUGAACACUUGACCCUGUAAUAGAGUACAUCUUGUACUACUUUGUAAACAAAUUUAAAAUAUUUUGUACAUUGUCAUAUUAAAACAACGCUUAAAUUAUU